UGCUAUAUUAUGCAUUUCAAUCCUCUGAAAUGAAUCUCGCUCCCAAAUGGGGAAAAAGAUUGAAAAAGCCAAAUCAGUGCCAAAUCGGCAAAAACUGAAUGAGGGACGAAAAUAUAAAAGAUACGCCUGACAACAAUGGCAGAUACUACAGAUCGGUUUUCACGCCGCCUCAACUCUCGAGAACUGGUUUUGUCAAUGUUCUCUUUAAGCAGUCUACGGUUGGGUCUCAGUCUACGCCUCCGGGGCUCUGAAAGACCCAGGCCGCCAUAUCACUUGCCGCAUAACCUUGGACAUCAGCGUCCACGGCCUCAAUCUAUUUUUGCCAGACUCUCCCUACGAUCUUCUUUAUCGUCGAUUACGCUUACGAAUCUGAAGAUUGCCAAGAUGACUCUGCGUGUUCUCGUUCCUAUUUUUUUCUCUGUCACGUUUCUCGUCAGUUCAGCAGUAGUCAUAAUCUACACUUUUGUGCUGAAAAGUCGAUUACCGGCAAUGCUUGUUGUCGGUCUGGCCAUUGCUUUUGUAUCAAUUGCUGUUUUGGCAUUGGGACUUUGGCUGUGGCUGCUGAGCAUCAAGAGAGGACAACGAGGAAAAUAUGACAGGGUAAAAACCAGUGUCAUUGAGCGAGACGUUGUGGAAGAUGUGGAGAGAGGAGGGCAGGUUGAGUUGACCAGAACUGAUAACAUAGGAGAGGUUGAUUCCAGGGAAGUCAAGUACGAGGCACAAGAAGAGCAACAUGGCUGUGAGUGCAAUAAAAACAGCAAGGGGGAAACAAAGGCGAAUCAUGGAAACGGACACGGUAAAUUUGCCCUUGGAAUGGCCAAUGGUGAGAAUAAAGCCAAAGUUCAAGGUGCUGAAACUCAUGAUCACGCCCUGAAAACCAGGACAGCACAACCUCAGUGUUCGUCCUGCUGCGAGCUGAAAAUAAAUCGGGAUGCAGACAAGAUCAGAGAUAGAGGAGAGUCAAAACAGGUUCCUAAAACCUAUCAUCUUGCAGAACCUACUGCAGCCAAUUCUUCAAUCAAUUCAGCCGCAAAAGCGAACGUGGGAAGAAAAGGGGAGAGCCCCCACGGCAAGGAGGAAAUCGAAGCUACAGAGAGAUUUCGCCCUGCCGAAGAGUCAAAGACGCAUAUCAAGAGGCUGAAAGAUAUACCUCAAAUGGGGAGCUUAAUCCUCAGUAAAUCAGACAGCUCAAACGGAGAUCUUUCACCUCAUACUCGGCAGACUCUUUCUGGCAAAGAACCGCAAAUUAAAGAUAAGGAUGAGCAAACCAAAGCACCAAAUCCUAUUAGCAAAGGACAUAUUACUAGGAGCGGGAAACAAAAGGACUUGCAAAGUGUCACUUGCCCGUCACUCCUCCCCCCUUUGGCUCCUGGACCGCAAUCCCCACUUUUGAAGCCGGAGGUAGUAAAAUGUCUUCCAAAUGUCUAUCAAGGCUCCGUGGCAAAGCAAGAAUCCGGCGAUGCUUCUUCGAAGCCUACCCAACCGCGUCACAUAGGUGUUGUUCAUGGCGGUGUCCUUGAUCCCAGUCCUGUUUCAUUGAAGCCCAAAAAGCCUUCCAACAUUCCAUCCCUGCAUCGAACCAGCUGUUCAUCAAGAUCUGAACGACAAGAUCAAUGUCGAAAACAAAUUAGCGACCAUUCCCAGCAAGGCGUUUCCCAGAAACAAAAGUGCCAGUCGAAUAAUCCCAAGUGUCCUUCGGAACAGAGCCUUGCCCCUCGCCCAUUCGAGGGUAUAAUCGGCCGCGUUCAUCGGCCACGAGUGGUUUCAGUUCCUGGGAAGUUAACCCAAGCUCGAAAUCGAGCUCCUCUAGCUCCUGGCAUUACAUCUCACUUAGCCCCACGGAAGGGAUUGGGCUCAGUGCCUGAGACCGCUGAAUCGUCUGGAGAGCUUACCAAUCCACCAAUUCCUGCAAAACGGCUGGCAGAGGGAGCAGCAGCUCUUCACAACACUAACUUGCUUUCUUCCGUCAAAAGCCAAACGAACCCUCAAACAACUGCUGAAUUGAAGCAGCAAGAUACGGCGGCCACAAGUCACCAGCAUCAGAAUUCCUCAAAUCAGCAAAUGACCGAGUCCAAAGGAGGUUCACCGUCCCAGUCCAUACUCAGAACAAUAUCCAGCCUGAGUCAACACAGAAUGAGUCUACGUCCGGACUGCGACCCUCGUGGUCCAUUUCGACUUGGGCGGCGGACUACUACUCCCAGAAUUCAGGAGGACGCAGCACAGGUGGCUCCCACAGCGCCAACAAAUCAAUAUCCGUAUCACGCUCACCACGAACAUCUCCAGUUCAAUUUCCAACAACAAUUUCCAUCCCAAGCCCCGGUCCCGGUCCCACCUCCGGUUCCAGAGCAACUCACAACUGUCCUCAAACACGGCAGCAGCAAAGCUCGAGCGCGUAGCUACAGUUAUCCUCACGGACAGCCAUACUCAGCAUCACAUUCUCGAUCUCAUCUUCACCAUUUCUACCGCCGUCGCCGAUCACUUCGACGCAUUCUUCCACGACUAAGCUUAAAGAUUCCGGGCCGUAGCGCUCCUUCCAAUCAUUCUGUCCCUUCACUGCUCCCGGCAGCAACGUUCCCUCCGCUGUAUGCACAGCGUCAUCUAGUUCCGCAGGAGCAUCUAUUCCGUCAGAACAUCUUCCAGGCUCCUCCUCCUUUGUCACGUUUAUAUCCGUCCCACCCGCAACAUCCGCGCUUAAUCGCACUUACCAGUACAGCUACUCAUAACAGCAGGGGCCUGGAUUCCUCGGAGAACGACCGGCGCGAGAGUUUCCAACUGGAAGCGACGUCUCCGCGUACUGUCGUUCCGGCACAGCGACAAGAAAGCGAACGCGAACGUCAACCUACAGCCCAACAUCACGCCACUGUGGAAGGGACCAAUCCUAGUGGUAGUGCUGGAGCUGGAGCUACGAACGCAAAAGAUGCCAAAUAAUCUAUCUAAAUACCAGACGUGCAGACAGACAUGGACCAAGCAUGUUCAACACAGACAAAUCAGCAAAUCAGCAAAUGCUAUACAUGUCUCAGGAUGAUUAAUUAGUGGUGACACGGUAACACAGACACUAGGCCUUACG